AUGAGGGUGGUGAGCUGGGACUCUGGUCAGGAGGUGCUGAAACCCGUGUCUCUGUGUUCUGGAACUGUUACUACGGCGAACUGCGAGGUUGGAUCGGUGUUUUUAUGCUGGAACCGUGGCUGCCUGGCGAGGUGGUGUGAGUUAACUGAGUUUAUGAGGAGGGUCAUGAGGAGGGUCAUGGCGGCGUCACCGCUGUUGCUGCUCUUGCUGGUGUCACUGGUGUCGACGGCGGCCGCCACCAGCAACACAUCGGAAAGCUGGGAGAGGAAGAGGGGCGAGGAGGAGACCCGGCAGAUCUUCAGGGAGUGGAAGGCCAUGCACGGCACGACCAACAGCUCCCUCGACGAGGAGGAGCAGCGCGCGUACACCAUGUUCAAGCACAGGCUCGGCCUCAUCGACCGGCAGUGGCAUGACCAAGGCUACUCCGUCUUCUCCUGGGAGAGGGGGAGGAGCGAGGAGGAAACGCGCAAGAUCUUCGCGGAGUGGAAGGCACGAAAACCAGUUACUACCUACAGCUCCAUCGCCCACGAAGAGCACCGGUACACCAUAUUCAAGGAGGACCUGCGCAAAAUCGACCAGCACAACGCUGGCUACGCCAUCGGGGUCCACAAUAACAACAGAUGCCUCAACCAGUUUAGCCAUCUCACCCAAGAGGAGUUCGAAGCCGUUUGCUGCGGGUUCUGGCCGGAGGAGCCGUCCGAGGCCAAAUUACAGAGGAUAGGCGAGAUCCAGGAGCUGUUGCGGCAAGCAUUUACCCGUCCCUUAAUUUAA